AUGGUACAAAUCAGUGAAGUGAAAGAUAACAACUCAAGAGAGUCUAGAACCGCUGCUCAUACACAUAUCAAAGGUUUAGGUCUAGAUGAACGUGGUAUUCCAAAACCAAUUGAUAAUGGGUUUGUUGGUCAAACUGAAGCUAGAGAAGCUGCUGGUGUCAUUGUGGAUUUAAUUAAAGCUAAAAAGAUGAGUGGUAAAGCCAUUUUACUUGCUGGUGGUCCAGCUACUGGUAAAACUGCAAUUGCAUUGGCUAUUUCACAAGAAUUAGGUCCAAAAGUUCCAUUUACUCCAAUUGUUGGUUCAGAAUUAUAUUCAGUUGAAGUUAAAAAAACUGAAGCUUUAAUGGAAAAUUUUAGAAGAGCUAUUGGUCUUAGAAUUAAAGAAACUAAAGAAGUUUAUGAAGGUGAAGUUACUGAAUUAACUCCAGAAGAAAGUGAAAAUCCAUUAGGUGGUUAUGGUAAAACAAUCUCUCAUGUUAUUGUAGGAUUAAAAUCUGCAAAAGGUACUAAAACCCUUAGAUUAGAUCCAAGUAUUUAUGAAAGUAUUCAAAAGGAAAAAGUCACUGUGGGGGAUGUCAUAUAUAUUGAAUCAAAUACUGGUUCUGUUAAAAGAGUUGGUAGAUCAGAUGCUUAUGCAACAGAAUUUGAUUUAGAAGCUGAAGAAUAUGUUCCAUUACCAAAAGGUGAUGUUCAUAAGAAAAAGGAAAUUGUUCAAGAUAUUACAUUACAUGAUUUAGAUGUUGCAAAUGCUAAACCUCAAGGUGGUCAAGAUGUUUUAUCAAUGAUGGGUCAAUUAUUAAAACCAAGAAAAACUGAAAUUACUGAAAAAUUACGUCAAGAAGUUAAUAAAGUUGUUCAAAAAUAUAUUGAUCAAGGUGUUGCUGAAUUAGUUCCAGGUGUUUUAUUCAUUGAUGAAGUUAACAUGUUGGAUAUUGAAAUUUUCACUUAUUUAAAUAGAGCAUUAGAAGCUUCAAUUGCACCAAUUGUUGUCUUAGCUUCAAAUAGAGGUUUAACAACUGUAAGAGGUACUGAUGAUAUCAAAGCUCCACAUGGUAUCCCACCAGAUUUAAUUGAUAGAUUGUUAAUCAUCCGUACAUUACCAUAUUCAACUGAAGAAAUUAAAAUUAUUAUAGAAAAAAGAGCUAAAAUUGAAAACUUACCAAUAAGUGAUGAUGCAUUAAAUAAAUUAGCUUCUGAAGGUUCUUCAACUUCUUUACGUUAUGCUUUACAAUUAUUAUCACCAGCUGGUAUAUUAUCUAAAACUUUUGGUCAUAAUGAAAUUCAAGUUAGUGAUGUUGAAGAAGCUCAAGGUUUAUUCUUAGAUGCUAAAAGAAGUACAAAAGUUUUAGAAACUCAAUCUGGGUUCCUUUGA